AUGGAGAUCGUGACCGCGCUCGGUCUCGCUCCCGGCGACUCCGGCUUGGACUCCGGCUCCGGCUCCGACUCCGAGCCCAACUCCGGCCUCGACUCCAGCUCCGGUUCCGGCUGCGGCUGCGGCUCCGGCUCCGGCUACGGCCUCGGCCCCGACCGCGACUCCGGCUUCGGCCGCGACUCCAGCUCCGACUCCGGCUCCGACUCCGGCUCCGGCUUCGGCUCCGGCUGGGGCUCCGGCUCCGACUAUCAUCGCGGACGCGGCCCCGAGUGGCGGAUUUACGCAAUCGGCCGCCUUGAGCAAUACGCGACGACAGUGGCAGAGUGCCGUGAUCACUUUUGCUAG